ACAGAGACACAGACUUUCUUAGAACUCAAGUCAGAAGACCCCAAAGCCCAAACACACUUCAUAGUCCUCCUCACUGCACUUUCACUGCCCUUCUCUCUAAUCUCAUCUCUCUCUCUCUCUCUCAGUGUGUGCGAAAAUGGUGGACACUAAGGUGGAGACCAUAGCAAGAUUGGCGCAGUGGAAAAUUGAGAGUUUCGGCCCAACCACAGCCUACAAAAGAUCCGACCUUUUCAAAAUCGGCAUAUGGAAUUGGUGUUUAUCGGUGGAGAGGAACCGGUCAAUGUGUGUCCGCCUUUUCCCCGAACCUUCUCGGGUUUCCAAGGAGCAGCCGCCUAUUGCCCGUUUUGUCAUACGUGUCACCACCUCCGGCUUCAAUCGCAGACCCUACAUUUCUCCCAUUCAUGAGAGAGUGCUUCGGAUGAGUGAUGACUUUGCCUGUCUGGUGGAUAUUACUGUUCAAGGUCGAUUCAUCAUUGAUGUUGAAUUUCUGGACCUUAAGAUCUACCCUAUAAAUGGUGGAGAAGCCACUUCCAUAUGGCCCGGUGAUGGCACGAUGAAAAAUCUAGCAACUCAAAACACUCUCAGAUGUCUCUCUCGCAUGCUUGAUGAGGCUAUUCAUGCAGAUGUUACCAUCAAUACAGCAGAUGGGACACUUCAAGCUCACAAGGCAAUUCUUUCUGCAAGCUCUCCCGUUUUCCAGAGCAUGUUCCAACAUAAUCUCAAGGAAAAAGAGUCGUCAACCAUUGACAUUGAAGAUAUGACAUCCGAGUCUUGCAUGGCACUUCUCAGCUACUUGUAUGGUACCAUGAACCAGGAAGAUUUUUGGAAGCACCGCUUGGCGUUGUUGGGUGCGGCAAACAAGUACGAUAUUGUAGGCUUGAAGGAUGCAUGUGAAGAAAGUCUUCUAGAAGAUAUUAACUCAGGAAACGUGCUUGAGAGGUUGCAAGAGGCUUGGCUGUAUCAACUGGAUAAACUGAAGAAAGGAUGCUUAAUGUAUUUGCUUGAUUUUGGCAAGAUCUAUGAUGUUAGAGAAGAAAUGAAUGAUUUCUUCAGACAGGCAGACAGGGAACUAGUGGUAGAGAUGUUCCAGGAGCUGCUUGCAGUUUGGAAACCAGCAUAAAGGCUUCGUAAGAGGUUUUUACCUUGUAUCAUCUGUAUAAAGAAUCCCUACAGCUCACUAAUUACAGCAUUUCUAGGUACGUGAUUGAGGUAAAGAGAUAUCCAUAUAGAGCUGUAAUAUAGUUAUUGAAUGUGAAUCAUGUAAAGUUUAUGACUGCUUGUAAUUUGAAUAGACUGAAAUGCAUUAAUACCAUAAUUAAGAAAAAGAAUGGAAUUCAAUAA